AUGGUUUUUAAAGGUGGCUCUGACCCGUCUUUGGUUUGGGAUAUCUCAAAAACAUAUGUGACUAUUUUCUUUGUAGGAAUAUUGACAAUUUCGUUUUUAAACAACAGCAUUUUGAUUGCAGCAAUCCAGGAAGAGGAAACUUGCAUAGGGCCGUGUGAGUCAUCUUAUGGUAUUAGAGAGUGUGACAAUGAAUAUAGAAGUCAAAGAUAUGCAUAUGGACAAUGUGAUUAUGAAGUCAAAAGUGAAGACAACCCACAAUGUUGUUGCUAG